ACACUGAUCAUCAGGGCACACUGAUCAUCAGUGCACAUUGAUGAGCAGCUGUCACAGAGCAGAUCGGCACUUAUCAGUGCCCAGCAGUGCCCAGCAGUGCCUCCCAGCAGUGCCACCCAUCAGUGCUGCCCAGAAGUUGCGCCCAUCAGUGUCGCCAGUCAGUGCCAUCAGUCAAUGCCUGCCAGUCAGUUCCAUUAGUCAGCGCCGCCCGUCAGUGUCACCCAUCAGUGCCCAACAGUGACCAUCAUUGCUGCAUAUCAUUGCAGCAUCAUUAGUGCCUCCUCAUCAAUGCUCACCAGUGCUGCUUUAUCAGUGCUGGCUAUCCAUGCCACCUCAUCAGUGCCCAUCAGUGCUGCCUAUCAGUGCAGCCUCAUCAACGCACAUCAUUGA